AUGACGAAGAAGGCUGUUGUGCACAGUGGACCAGGUUUGAGAGUGCAACACAGCCUCACAGAUUUAACGCAAAUAAGAUUAUUGUUCUACACUGUGAUAAUGAACAGUGUUUCUGUUUCAGUGACAACAACAUCGGCAGUGACUACUACAGUGUUUACAACGAUGACGAACAAGGCUGUUGUGCACAGCGGACCAGGUUUGAAAGUGCAACACAGCCUCACAGAUUUAACGCAAAUAAGAUUAUUGUUCUACACUGAUAAUGAACAGUGUUUCUGUUUCAGUGACGACAACAUCGGCAGUGACUACUACAGUGUUUACAACGAUGACGAAGAAGGCUGUUGUGCACAGCGGACCAGGUUUGAGAGGCUUCUGCUCAUUUGGCUGGUGCUCAUAUUGUGCAUCGUCUUGGCACUUAUAGGUCUCGUAGUCAUGGUCUCGUUACAAAACAAGGAUGCUGUUAGGAAAAUCAUGGACAAUGACGAUGAACCCGAAGCUUAUAUUAUACAUAGAUGUUUAACAGGAGAAUGUGUUGUUACUGCGGCCCGCAUGAUUCAAUCCCUCGAUUACUCUGUGGAUCCAUGCAACAACUUCUACGAGUUUGCAUGUGGUGGCUGGAUGAAGAAGACUUUAGUACCGGCAGACAGCCAAGAAGUAAACCAGUUUACGUUACUUAAACAGGAGGAGGAUAUCAUUCUUAAAAAUUUGUUCGAAGCUGAGGUAAAACCAAACGACAGUUACUCUGUUGUUCUUGUGAAGGACUUUUACGCAUCAUGCAUGAACGAAAAUCUUAUUAAGGAGCUAGGAGUAGAACCCUGUUUGAAACUCAUCAAAUCUAUUGGGAUAUGGCCAAUCAUUGACUCCUAUUGGGACGACUGGUACUUUGACCUUGAAGAGAAGUUACUGGCGCUGAAGAAAUAUAACCAUGCACCGCUGAUUAACGUCUUUGUGUCGUCAGACCAGAGAAACUCGACACAAAGGAAAAUACAUAUCGACCAACCUCACAUAUUUAUGAAGCCUUAUUUGUUGCGAUCGAGAAACAACAUGGUAGUGCAGGCGUAUGAACAGCUGAUUGUGAAAAUCGCCUCACAGUUGGGUCAGCGCUCCCCAACAUCUCGAGGGAUCAUCAGAGAUGCUGAACAAAUUGUCGAUUUCGAGAUUGCCUUAGCAAAAAUUUCCGUCCCAUCGGAACUACGUCAAAAUGAGACAGCUCGUUACAAUGUGUUCAACAUCUCACAGUUGAAUUUGAUCUACCCGCAAAUAAAGUGGUUGAAGUUUCUUCAGAAGGUGAUGAGUAUUCCCGAGGUCGACAUACUGGUGGCUGACAGUGAAGAGAUCAUCAAUGAGUCUCCCAGCUAUUUUGAGAAGUUAAUGCACCUCAUUAAAAUUACACCUAGGAGGGAGAUAGCAAACUACCUGAUAUGGACUGUCACGUUGAAGACUGCAUCGGAGCUGGGUGGGAAAUUGGAAGAAUUCUAUCUGGAUUUCUACAGGGUUAUAACUGGUGUGUCAUCUUUACCGGCAAGGUUUCAAGUCUGCAUAAAACAUGUCGUCCAGAACCUAAGAUUCACAGCAGGUCGAAUGUUUGUUGAUUCCGUAUUUGACGAAAAUAAUAAACAAAGUGCACAGGAGUUGACAUCGGAUAUACACACGACCUUCAAGGAGUUGCUGGAAGAACAGGACUGGAUGGAUAAUGCCACGAGGAAGGUGGCCAUGGAAAAGGCCGAUGCACUUGGUAAAAAAGUAGGAUACCCUGAUUAUAUUUCAAAAGAUGAAGAACUUGAUAAACUUUAUGGAAAUUACAGUUUUUCAAGGGACAAAUUCUUUGAAAAUGUCUUGCACAAUUAUCAGCGAUCAGUUAUCAAUAACCUGAAAAUGCUCAGGGACGAAGUUGACAAAAAUCGUUGGAAAGUAGCACCUUCUGCUGUUAAUGGAUUUUAUGACAGGGUCACAAACCAAAUCAUCAUCCCAGCUGGUAUUUUGCAACCACCAUUUUACAACAGGUUCUCUCCCAGAUCAGUGAAUCAUGGUAGCAUUGGCUUUAUCAUUGGACAUAGAAUAACUAAUGGCUUUGAUGACGAAGGCCGCCAUUAUGACAAGGAUGGCAACCUGAACGACUGGUGGAGUGAUGAGGCCAGCGACACGUUCAGGAACAAGACUCAGUGUAUUAAUGGCGUCAAGACUCCAGGAAAAUACUUCGCAGAUAGUGGUGGUCUCAAACUCAGUUACAUGGCAUACAAACGGUGGCUGAAUAGAUUGGGAAACAUGGAUCAAAUGUUGCCGGGACUGAACUUCACUAAACACCAGUUAUUCUUCAUAAGCUUCGCUCAGACAUGGUGUAGCAAUCUCAGACCCGAAAGCAACUUGUUUAGCAUAUUUCUUCAAGUUCACAGUAUGGGAAGAUUGAGGGUGAUUGAGUCAUUACAGAAUUCAGUGGAGUUUUCAGAAGUGUUCCAGUGUUCAAACACGUCAUACAUGAAUCCCCCUGACAAGUGCCUUGUUUGGUGAUUGGUCUACUACUCUAGUACAACAUUGCUGAUUUUUUCACAGUAACUCAACAAUAAAUCUGUCACAGUGGUGGUGAUUGGUUCAAAUCAAGAAACAGUAUCAACCUAUCACACAAGUAUUAAACUUUGUGAUUGGUUCAAAUCGAACACUGUAUGAAUCUAUCACACAAGUAUGACGGAUGGUGAUUGGUUCAAAUCAAGUACUGUGUUAUCUCAUCACACAAGUAUUAACUUUGUGAUUGGUUCAAAUCAAUGAAGGCCUUAACCCAUAACAAGAGUUAACCUUUGUGACAGUUUAAAUUUGACUAAAUAACUUAUUUGCAAUUGCAAUUGAAUUUGUAGCCAACAUUGCAUUUAUUAUUAUUAUCAUCAUCAUUAUUAUUAUAGUAGUUUGCCAUAGCAGUAAAUUGUAUAAACAUUUUUAUUUGGUAUAUAUUAUGUAGUAUUUCACUAGACUUGGCUUUUUUUCUUCUUUUUUUAAUGUCGUUAUUUUUAAAAAGAUUAUUCAUUCUCAACUAUAUAUUAUUCAUAUCAUAUUUUUUAGUAACUGCCAAUUGAAUUUGAAGCUUAUAUUAAAUUUGUAAACAAAAAUAUUUUAUUAUUUAGUAUUUCAAAUAAACUUUUUUU